GUCAAAUCGUAAUGAUAUGAAACCAUUUUUGAUUGGCGCAUAUGUAGGUAACCGUAAGCCGAAUUCCAUAAACCAGUUUUUCACAAAUUUUGUAGAUGAAAUAAAGCACUUAAAUGAUCAUGGCUGGUUUUUGAAUGGAAUAAAAAUGUCUAUAAAAAUUUGCAAAUUUAUUUGCGAUGCUCCGGCAAGAGCAUUUCUUGCCGGUGUUGUUGGCCACACAAACAGCAAUGGGUGUUCAAAAUGCACACAAACUGGUAAGAAGAUUAAUAAAAGAUUAACUUACAGUAAAACUCCCGCACAAUUAAGAACAGAUGAAAGUUUUAAAAAUAGAAACGAUAGACUUCAUCACUGCGUAGAUUUUUUGCAAAGUCCAAAUGUUCUCGAAAAAAUUGGAAUUAAUAUGGUUACGCAUAUACCUUUGGACCCCAUGCACCUUGUCGAUCUUGGUUGCACAAAAAAGAUAUUGACUGCAAUUUGGGAAAAUAAACAUAAAACUCGUAAGAUAACUUCUCUUCAGAAAGUUGAAUUAAACAAAAAAAUAAAAAGUAUUCGAAAAUACAUUCCAAAGGAAUUUGGUCGAAAGCCAAGGGAGUUUGAUGAAUUGGCCAGAUGGAAAGCCAUCGAAUUCAGGCAAUUUUUGCUUUAUACUGGCAUUGUACUCUGCAAGGACUAUUUUGAUGAGAAUUUGUUUUAUCCCAUUUUUAUUGCUGCACUGCGUGUAUCGAAUUUCCUCUUCAAAUAAAUGGGAAAAUAAUUUGCCUUUCGUUCGACAGAUGCUUUGCGAUUUCGUUGAACAGUUUGGAUCCAUUUAUGGAGAAGAAAAAUUGUCAUACAAUAUUCACAAUUUGUUACAUUUGCCUGAUUGCAUUGAAAACUUUGGUAAUGUGGAUAAUUUUUCGAGCUAUAAAUUUGAAAAUUACUUACAAGUUUUAAAGCAAGAUGUCCGUCAACCUAACAAAAUAUUGCAACAAAUAUAUAAUAGAUGUGCGGAACGACAUGCGUUUUCAGUAGAUUUACCCAAAGCAACAGGUUUAAAAAAUGUCAUAGAAGGAUCUGAUCUCUAAAAAAAUUAUAAAACGGACAUGUUUAUACUUAGUUCUAAAGCACCAGAUAAUUGUUGUUUUUAUCCCCAUCAGAGUUGUUGGAUUUUGUAAAGAAAAUGAAGAAGAAUAUGUUUUAGGGAAUAGAUAUACAGCAAUAGAGAAUUUUUUUGAGCUACCAGUUAGAAGUUUGGAAUUGGGAAUUGGAUUAGUGCAUGAAGUCGCCACUAAAUUUAAUGUAAAAGAGUUAUUGUACAAGGUGAUGUGCUUGCCAUAUCAAGAUAAAAUGGUUUUUUUGCCAAUUCUUCAUCACUUCACACUUUAAUUAUCCUUUCAAUUGAAUAUGUAAAUUAAAACAUAUAAUAUAAAUAUAAUCGAUUUAGACUAAAUAUUCCAAAAUGUCAAAACGGAGCUACAUGAUGAUAAAUGACGAAAAUUCUCCACCUUGUGAGUGUGGAAAUAAAAUGAAAAAAUUUGAAGAAGAGGUGCAACAAAUGAAGAACUUAAUUUGUGAGCUACAUAAACUGUUAGAGAAAGCAUUUCCAAAAUCUACAAGCCUGGACAUAUUUCCAAUAAAAAGCGUUGAAGAAAUGGAACAUUUUGAGGAAAAUACUGAAAUGUUUCCAAAAAAUGACGUAAUUUGUAGCAAUAAAGAAUGUAUAGGUUCAACAUCUAUUACAAAAUCUCUACAAUUUAUCAUCACUGAAGAGUGCUUGUUAGAGUACAAUUGGGAUGGGCUGCAGAAGAAAAAAUCAUUAAAAAAACCAACUUAUUUGGAAAAUUUGUGUUUGAUGCUCUGAAGUCCCCCGAAUACGGCUUCCCAAAUUACGAAAAUGGCAUUAAAAAAUCGAUACAAUUAAUAAAAAAUAGGGUGUAUAAAAAAACCUACGAUAAUAAAUCAAAAUAAUAUAUUGAUGAAUUAAAAGUCU